AAGGGUGGGCCCCCUCACAGUUACCGAACUCGCGGCCUUCUUGUGCGAAGAAUACUACGGCGAUCAGGAGGUGCGUCGCUUGGUGGACCUCCGCGCUACGUGGAUCAUGCCUAUGACCAACGCACACGGCUAUGCGCUGCGCCGGCGUGAGGAGAACUCCAUGGACCCCAACCGGGACUUUCCGUAUCUGCAACGGCCGGAAAAAUGCAUGAGGACUCAAACAGCCCGUGCCGUCAACGAGCUGUUUCGACGACAUCUCUUUCAGUUCAUGAUCACCUUUCAUGGUGGAAUGAGAGCCUUGACCUACGAAUGGGGAUCCAGGAACCACAUGAAGAACAGACGGUCCACGGAGUCUCCAGACAACGCCGCAUUUCGUGAGGUUGGGGAAGCCAUCCAAGCUGCAGCGGGCAAAACCUUGACGCAACGAUGGUUCUAUCCCUUGGGGCCCAUCAAUGAUCUGGUCUAUCCUGUGGACGGCGGCAUGGAGGAUUGGUCCUAUGCAGCUGGAUGGGAGCAAUCGCCUGAACCCAUCAGUGUUUGUCGGCCAACGACCUAUGGGGGUUAUGCUGAGGAUCGGACAAAGUAUCGCCGGGACAGCAUUAGCACACUGGUCUACUUGGCUGAAAUGGAUGAUUUCAAAACGGCUCCUGACAACUCACUUGGUCACCGCCUCGAGAUUUGGAGCAAGGGUACCACACAAGGACAUGUACCUCGGAACAUGCGAAUGUGUUUGAAGGUGAUUGAGCUGGCGAGACCAGAAGUGGUGGUUGUACCACCGUCUCUUCCUACAAGCAUAGGCAUUGGAUCCGCCGUCAGUAUCCAAGUCUACGGUUUUGGAUGUCAUACGAUGAACGUCAGGCUCAUUGCUGUCAGCAGCAGCCUACUGCCUGGAUGUUCCAUCAGUGAGGAUGGUGCGACCCUGCCCAAUGAGCAGUUUGAGCAGAUCCUUCAGUCGAGCACCAUUGCAUCCAGCUCCAGUGCUUGCCGUGGCUUGUCGCUUUGGGCUGCGCCUGGGGCAUCUCCCACACUGCAAGGACAGCUGGGACCCUCAACCGGCGAGGUGUGCUUGCUCGUUGCAGCUGAAUUCGAUGCCCAGUGGGCAAAGCAACAGCGGCCCGAUCCACAGAUCAAGCCGCGCUCCCACGCAGCUCGCAUUCGCUUGGACAGCCGCUACGACGUGAAGGCCAGCGACGGUCCAAUGAUGAUCCAGACCAGACGCACCAAACUCUUCGUGGUGGGUGGCCCUAUCCAGAUCAAGGCCGCGCAUGCGGUGACGCCACAGGACGGCGCUAUGGAGGCUGCCACCGUUGCCGUUGUGCCUUCUCCGGCUAACGAGCCGCCACAGCCGCCACAGCCGCCGCCGAGCGCUGUGCAGGCUGCGCCUGAUCCCAGCACAGCAACCAGUGCAAAGUCAAAGUUCUGGCCGCCGCAACCAGAAACCGAGGACUUUGCUUCUUCUGAGGAGUUGCUCUCGGUCGCGUUGAUCUCGUUGAUAGCAUCGCUUGCUGUGGGCUGCAGCUUGCUGGUGUGCAGCCAGCGCGAGGUCACAACAAAAGCCGACGCAAAAGAUGCUCAGUACAUAUCUGAAUUGGCAGAAAUGGUGGGUAAACCGCCAUGAUUGUUGGAAUGAAAUUUGAAAA